AUGGUUAAAUGGGUGGAUCCACUCUUUGAAAGCAGCCAGAUUCCUGUCCAAGUUCUUUAUUUUUUGAUGUUCCCUGUCGCUUUGUUGCUGAACGGCGUUGCUGCCUGGGUGUCCCUGCACCUUAAAUCCACGUCCACCUUUGUGGUGUAUCUGAAAAAUCUGGUGGCUGCUGACCUGAUCAUGACCUUGCUCAUCCCAAUCAAAGCUGCAAGUGGCUUGCCGGGUGCUUCGAAGCAAUUAUACGUACUUUCGUGUCGUUACUUCAGUGUCUUUUUCUACAGCACACAGUAUACAUGCAUCUCUUUGUUGGGCAUUAUCAGUGUCGACCGUUUCUUCAAGAUCGUGAUGCCCUGCAGCAAGUUGGGGCAGAAUCUAACUUUAGGCAAACUGAUAUCAGGUGCUGUGUGGGCAAUUCAAUUUGGAGGUACAGCUUUACCAAAUAUCAUUUUAAGUCACAAAUCAGUGACAAAUAUGACAGAGAUCAACAGUUGCAUGAAGCUGAAAGCACCAGCAGGACUUGAAUUCCAUGAAGGCGCAGUGAUUUUUGUGAAUGUUUUCUUCUGGUUUGUCACUGUGGUCAUUGUGGUCUGCUACAUUUGCAUCGCAAACAAAGUUAUCCAGUCUUUCAGAAACUCUGGCAGCAACAACAACCAGGGAAAGCAGAAAAUCAAACUACGCGUUUUUCUGGUUGUCAUUGUGUUUUUUGUGUCCUUUGGGCCGUACCACAUUGUCAGGAUCCCAUACACUUUUCUACAAGUUAACUUUUCCUCCCAUACCAACUGCUCUUAUGUAAUAAGCAAAUUUGCCAAGGACCUCAGCCUCUGGCUUGCUACCACAAACAUCUGCAUGGACCCACUUCUCUACGUCUUUCUGUGUCGAGAGUUCAAGGAGAAACUGCUGUCCACGAUGGAAAAAUUUUCAAUCUCAAUUAAAUCAGCUUCAGCAGACAAUACAGAAAGCACUGCACCACAGCGUCGAUUCUGAUAGAAGUCAUUCGAAUGUUAUGCCACAG